AUGGAGCUCACCCAGGACCCGCUGGUCCAGGGCUGGAAAGGGCCGGCUCGGGCCGUGCUUCGAGUGUUGCUUGGUCAGAAGACGUUGCACUGCGGACAACCGGGCGCCCGCCUCCGGAGGCUUCGCGACCUGGGGAUGGAGUCCAAGGUGACUGGGUUGGUGUCAUUUGAGGAUGUGGCUGUGAACUUCACCUGGGAGGAGUGGCAGGACCUGGAUGAUGCUCAGAGGACCCUAUACAGGGAUGUCAUGCUGGAGAACUACAGUAGCCUGGUGUCACUGGGGCAUUGCAUUACCAAGCCUGAGGUGAUCAUCAAGUUGGAGCAAGGAGCAGCACCAUGGACUGUAAAAGAAAAACCCCAGACCAGGGUUUCCCGGGCCAGUCAGUGCACGCUGAGCAGGGAGGCUGGGAAGACGAGUGCACAGCAGAUAGCUGAUCUCCAGAAGCAACAGUGUAAAUGUAAUCAAAGUGGGAAUAAUUUCUGCCAGAAAUUACAUCCCACUCAGCUUCAGAGAAUUCAGUUAGAGAAAAUGUUUGAAUGUGAUGUAUGCGGUAGAACGUUCUAUAAAAAGUCUAAUCUCACUAAACAUCAGAAAGUACACACUGGAGAGAAACCCUAUGCACGUGAUGAAUGUGAGAAACCCUUCUGCCAUAAAUCAGGCCAUACUAUUCAUCAGAGAAUCCACACUGGGGGAAAGCCCUAUGAAUGUAAUGAAUUUGGGAAAUCAUUCUGCCAGAAGUCAGCCCUCACUGUUCAUCAAAGGAUUCACAAUAGGGAGACACCUCAUGAAUGCAAUGAUUGUGGUAAAACCUUCCAUAAGAAGUCGGUACUCACUGCACAUCAGAGAACUCACAAAGGAGAGAGACCUUAUGCAUGUAAAGAAUAUGGGAAAUCCUUUGGACACCGGCCAGCCCUCACUGUACAUCAGAGAACUCACACAAGAGAUAAACCUUAUAAAUGUAAUGAAUGUGGGAAAUCCUUCUGUGUGAAGCCAAAACUCACUGUACAUCUGCGACUUCACACAGGUGAGAAACCCUAUGAAUGUAAAGAGUGUGGUAAAACUUUCUACCAGAAGUCGAAACUCACUGUACACCAGAGAACUCACACAGGUGAGAAAUCUUAUAAAUGUGACGAAUGUCAGAAAACCUUUUGUGAAAAGUCAACCCUCAAUAGACAUCAGAGAACACACACAGGAGAGAAGCCCUAUGGAUGUAAAGAAUGUAGGAAAACUUUCUUCCAGAAGUCAGCCCUCACUGUACAUCAAAGAACUCACACAGGAGAGAAGCCCUAUGAAUGUAAUGAAUGUGGAAAAACCUUUUGCCAGAAAUCACACCUCAGCAAACAUCAGAGGACUCGCACAGAGGAGAAAUCAUGUCUAGGUACACAUAGGCUCUUUGGGCACAGUUCCAUGUUCGUGGUUGCUCUGAAUCUGAAGAUGUGUGACCUGAAGUGA